UGCUGCCACCAUAAUGUAACUAGCUUCCGUUUUUGGAAAAGCAGUUAACUUUUGCAAAAUUGCAAAAAUUUUGUCAAAAACAAGUGUCAGCUCUGUCAUUUCCUGUCACGAUGGCAAAUAUACCCCUUCUGAGCCGCAUUUUGCGCAAAUGUAAGCCCCUUAACUGCAUGCCAAAAAGGGGCAAACACCAGACUUGGUACCCCGACCCCGAAUGGAUGAGACAGUUCGACGGCCCCGUCAUGUACCCCGACGAGUUGACAUCCAAAUUCAAGCUGCCCCCUUUCAACGCAAAAUGCCCGCCCCCUGAGCGAAAAGUAACCAACUUAGUUGUCAAUUUCGGGCCUUGCCACCCAGCAGCUCACGGCUGUCUCCGCAUGAUAACAGAACUGGACGGCGAAAUGGUCCGCCACCUCGACCCCCACAUCGGCCUCCUCCACCGAGGCACAGAAAAACUAAUCGAGUACAAAACCUACAAUCAGGCGAUUCCCUACUUCGAUCGCCUGGACUACGUCUCGCCGAUGUGCAGCGAGCACGCGUUUUGUCUCGCCGCUGAAAAAUUGCUCAAUAUUGACAUUCCACGCAGGGCGAAAUUUAUCCGAGUCCUGUUUGAUGAAAUAACGCGUUUAAUGAACCACAUGGCAGCCACGUCUUUCCUAAUUUUAGACGUGGGGGGAAUCACACCGCUGUUCUGGCUGUUCGAGGAGCGCGAGAAGCUGAUGGAGGUCUACGAGAGGGUGUGUGGGGCGAGACUGCACGCGAAUUAUUACCGCAUUGGGGGCGUCAACCAGGAUUUGCCAAUCGGACUUUUGGACGAUAUUCACAAUCUUGUCUCAAAGUUCGGGGAGAGGAUUGACGAAGUCGAGGAUUUGGUCACAGAUAAUCGGCUUUUUAUCGCACGCACAAAAAAUAUCGGACGCGUCGCGGCGCAAGAUGCCCUCAAUAUGGGAUUUUCCGGGUGCAUGUUGAGAGCGUCGGGAAUAAAAUGGGAUUUGCGAAAGACUAGGCCUUACGAGAUUUACAGCGAGUUAGAGUUUGAUGUUCCUGUUGGAUCCAAUGGAGAUAUUUACGACAGAUUCCGGGUGCGAUUAGAAGAAAUGCGUCAAUCGGUCCGCAUCGUAGAGCAAGUUAUCAAUCAAAUGCCACCCGGAGAAGUUAAAUUGGACGAUCAUAAAAUUUCGCCUCCCAACAGACGCGAAAUGAAGUCAUCUAUGGAGGCGAUUAUUCAUCAUUUUAAGAUAUUUAGUCAGGGGUUUCAAGUACCACCAGGUUCCACGUACACUUCCAUAGAGCAUCCUAAAGGUGAAUUUGGCGUGUACUUGGUUUCUGAUGGCAGUUCGGUGCCGUAUCGUUGCAAAAUACGGACUCCAAGUUUUAUACACCUUUCGGCAAUGAAUCAUAUCGGGAAAAACCACUAUUUGGCCGAUGUCGUUGCGAUUCUUGCGACAUUGGAUAUUGUUUUUGGUGACGUAGACCGAUGAAUUUAGUUUUUUUGUAAGGGUGAUGAAUAAAAUAACGUUUAAAAUUA